ACAUGGAAAAACACUACCGGAAAGAACAUUACCAAAAGGAGGCCAUCCGUGGAUAAUCUCCAAAUUAAAGGUAUCCUUACCUCUCGAAUUGAAACUAGGGAAAAAGGCAAGGAGACUUAUUAUUACGGAUUUUUUAAACUUGAAAGCCAAGAAGGAGAAAUCCCAGUAGUGUUUAAAAACAAACCUGAUUUAAAAAAGGGUUGUGAAGUAAAGUUAGUCGGCAAAUGA